AUGGCCUCCUCCUCCUCCCUCAACCCAACCACCCGCUCCCGCACCCUCCUGUUCAUCUCCUACAGGGACUCCCGCGCCGGCUCUUCACGAACACGCCGCUCAAGGGUCAUCACCAACUACGACGCUGCGCAGAACGAGGACGAUGAGCACGAGCACCUCAUUAAUCCCGACUCUGGACAUAUCUCCAUAGACGCAGAACUUCCGCCUAAAUGGGUUGAUAUCGCGGACCAAGUAAAAGAGAUCCUCGCAGGCGUUGAGGCUAAAAUCGCUGUACUCGACAAGCUGCAUGCGAAGCAUGCACUCCCCGGAUUCUCGGACCGGUCCGCGGAAGAGAGAGAGAUCGAGGCCGCGACGACCGAUAUCACGAAGGAUUUCCGCCAGUGUCAUACAUUGAUCCAGCGGAUUGGGUCGAUACCGCAGCACUCAUUCCCGCCUGCCCUAGGUGGGCAGUCACGACAUCAGGAGCUCGCGGCGAAGAACGUUCAGCGCGGCCUCGCGGCGCGCAUCCAGGAACUGAGCGCGACGUUCCGGAAGAAACAGCGCGUCUACAUGGAAAAGCUCCAGGGACAUGCGAUCAAGAACCAAGACCUGCUUGCAGCGUCGGGCGCGGUUUCCCUUAAGGGGUCGGCUGGGAUGUCCGCGCUGGACGAGGAUGUAGAGGCAGCGGCUGCAUCCCACCAGGAUGUGGUAGUGCGCCAGAUGACGGACCUCAACUUGCAGACACGGGACCGGGAGCUGACCGAGAUCGCGCGGUCGAUCGCGUCGUUGGCGGAACUGUUCAAGGACCUGUCGGCGCUGGUGAUCGAUCAGGGAACGCUGCUGGACAGCGUGGAAUACAACAUCGAGCAGACGGCGGCGCACAUGGAAGACGCGGUACGGGAGCUGGACGUAGCAACCAAGUACCAGAAGAACACCGGGCGGCGACAGUGUAUCUUCCUGCUGCUGCUGAUCAUAUUCGGCCUCAUCAUUGCCCUCAUCUUCAAACCGCGGCGGCAUUCGGCCACGCCUGCGCCGACAUCGCCUGACCCCGCGUCCAAUCCGGUGACGACAGCCGUGACGACGGACGAUGCAUCGGCCGCUUCGACACCAGAACGGGUGCAGAUGCAUGUACGAGAGGCGGUGGAGGGCGUGCUCUUGCGUAAGAGGACGUACAGGUGAUCUGCGUGCCGCGUGUGGUGCACCAGCCGGGUCGGGCCUCUGGCGAGUACUUGUCUACACAUCUACUUCUAUACGAUACUUGUUUAUUCGUUUCCGCCGUACGCUAUGUUCUUAUAUUUCUAGGGGGCGCAGUAGUUAUGAUCAUGAUCAGUAUACG